AUGAGCAGCUCGAACAUGGAUCAGCUGGAGAAAGCCCAUAAGGCGGGUGUUGUACUCGGCCUUGCUGGCUUUGGUGUAGCACAACGUGUUGACAUCGACGUCAUGUUGACCGAGCAGCCCGAUACGUUCAAUCUCUACCUUAUCGCCUUGAUGGAACUCCAAGGCAUUAAGAACCUGCCUUGGCCUACCCCUGAAGACUAUUCAUUCGAAGAUGGGAAGUCGAUGGACUUGAAAAUGUCCUGGUUCCAACUCACUGGCAUUCAUGGACUACCUAUGAGUCCUUGGGAUGGUGAGGGGGAUCAGGGAUACUAUUGUACCCAUUCUCUGCCGAACUUUGGAACCUGGCACCGCCCGUACUUGGCAAUGAUGGAGCAAACCCUGUUUCGUCAAGUAGCCAACGUCGCCAAACGAUUCUCUGAGUCGGACAUCCCAGAAGAACAGAAGAAGAAGUAUCUCGAUGCUGCGCAGAAGUUUCGCAUCCCUUAUUGGGACUACUACCGUCCCCGAGAUAAAGCCAAGACUACCUUCCCAGGAGUCACAAACCCCAAAGAUGGCACUACAACCGCUCCUUUUGACUGGGGUGCUCCGCAAAUCUUCACAAUGCCCCAGGUCAUGGUCAAGCGUCUUCCAGAUAACGAGCUUAUUUCGAUGCCCAACCCCUUCUUCCAGUUCAACUUCAAUAGUGAACAAUUCAACAAGAUCAUCCCCAGCGUGAGGUUUCCGACUCAACUCGCGAACGUUAAAAAAACAAUCCGGCACGGGGGUUCUGAUGAAAAAGCUACGCAAAGCAUGAACGAUAAGCUGAAUUCAAUCCGUGAGGACGAGAUUCGUCUCUGCCUCUCUUUGAUCGAAGACGAGGUUUACAGAAAUUUCAGAACCUUCUCAACCAACGCGGUCCUUCCGAAGGCCAAGCAGCAACCCGAAUCAACGCUCGAAAAUGCUUCCGGAUCGAUCGAGGAUUUUCACGGUAAAUAUCAUGGCUACAUCGGAGGCUUCCGCAGCGGACAUAUGAGUUUCAUUUCAACGGCGGCGUUUGACCCGAUCUUCUGGAUGCACCAUUGCCAAAUUGACAGACUUUUCGCCAUCUGGCAGGCCGCUAACGGCAAGGAGCACUGGUUCAAUGAGCUUGAGCCAGAGGAUCAGCCACUGGGCGAUGCGGACCUGACGCCGUUCCGCAAAUCGUUCCCUGAGGACAAGGAGAAGCAGUACUGGAACUCCCACCUAGCCAGGCAGACCGCGGAUUUUGGCUACGCAUAUCCGGAAUUGGCGGAUGGACAGACAGGGGACACAGUUCGUGAAGACUUCCGGAAGAAGUAUGAAUGGGCUCGACGAACCACUGCAAGGCGGGUUUUAGGCACACCCCCGGACAAUAUGCGACCUAUACAAGUUGGAAGCGCCCAAGUAUUUAAUUGGGAAGCCGUUACAUCACCUGGAGAUCUCGUAACGACUCCUGGUCUCCCAGUACAUGAAAUGCAACAGGAAACCGCCAUGGCGGCAAUGGCAUCUAACGCACAGCACGAAGAUGAUUGGUACAUUGAUAUCGUGGUCGAGAGAAUGUUUGCUAAUGGGUCUUACACCAUCUUUUACAUCAUCGGCGACGUUGAAGGACAGACCGGUGAGGAUUGGUCAUCACUCCCUGGCUUUGUAGGUAUAUCACAUAUCUUAGCCGCACCGACCGAUGUAUGCGAGAACUGCGCCCGCCAGGAUAAUCAAGGACAGCUUGUGACCAGUACAACUCCUAUCACUUCGAUGCUCCUCGACUACGUCCAGAUUGGAAAGCUGAGCAGUAUGGAGGAAAACGACGUGAAACAAUUCCUCAUUAAGAAUUUGAAGUGGCGAGUCCAGACUGUCGUUGGCGAGGUCCUUGAUCCCAGGCACAUGGCUAAGAACCAUAGUUUCAACCUCAGCAUUAGUCGCAAGCGGACUCCAGUGCCACGCAGCGCAGGUGAUGUGCAGUAUGACACUUACCCCGAGGUCAUCGAGGCUAUUAUCAGAAACUCCUCUUAG